GAGCUCGGUAGGAGAGGGUGGGGGUCGCUGGCCCCUCGCCGGCCGCACGUCCUUUGGUCCGUGGCCACCCUGCGGGUCAGCAAGCCGGAGCUGGUCAUGCGGCUGUGUCUGGAGGCGCUCGGCAAGCCCGCGGAGUUCAACGCGCAGGACAUCUCCAACACGUCCUGGGCCCUGGCCACGCUGGCCGUGCAGCACCGGCGGCUGGCCGAGACGCUGUGCGGCGAGGCGGUCGGGAAGUGUCCGGACUUCACCUGCCAGGGCCUCGCCAACACUCUGUGGGCCAUGGCCACGCUCAAGGUGCGCCACCCGAGGCUGGAGGAGGCCUUCUGCCAGGAGGCGUCGUCGAGGCACCAGCUCUUCAAGCCGCAGGAGGUUGCUAACACCCUCUGGGCGGCGGCGACGCUGAGCGCACAGAGCCCCGAGCUGUGGCGCUGCUUCGUGACCGAGGCCAGGGCGAAGCGCAAGGGCGUCACCUACCAGGGGAUCGCCAAUACGCUGUGGGCGAUGGCCACCGUCAGGGUCCAGCAGCCCCUCGCGGUGCGGGACCUCUGCGCGGAGCUGUCGGCUCCCGGCCGCGACCUCGACCUGCUCUGCUCCCAGGCCGUCGCGAACGUCCUCUGGGCCGUGGUCACGAUGCAGGAGCACCACCCCCAGCUCCUGCGCUGGCUGUGCCUGCGCGCGGAGGAGCGGCUGGGGAGCUUCGGCGCGCACGGGCUCUCGAGCGUGCUGUGGGCCGCGGCCGCUGCGAGGUACCAGCACGCCGGGCUCGUGCAGCGGGUCUGCGAGACGGCAGCGCUGCACGUCGCAGACUUCACGCCCCAAGGGCUCGCCAACGUGCUCUGGUCGCUGACCGCCAUGAGGGCCCAGCAGGCGGGGUUCACGGAAGCCCUGCUGGCGCAGGCGGCGCUGAAGAUCGACCGCUUCAACGCCCAGGACGUCGCGAGCACGCUGUGGUCGCUCGCGUCUGACCAGCACGGCCAGCACCCCGAGCUCGUCCGGCGGCUCAGCGGGGGCAGUCCCGAGCGAGCGGAAGUGGCCGCGUGGCAUCACACUGGUCUGUGGGGGGGCCGUCGGCAACCCGCCUCGUGGGACUCGGCGUUGCUUCGCCCGGGAUCGCCCUCCAUCCGCGAAGCGCUGGCCAAGCACAAGCUCUUCAACUGCCAGGACAUGGCGAACACGCUGUGGGCCGUGGCCGCCCUGCGGGGGCCGAGGAAGGAUGUCGAGUUCGUAGUUGGGGCGUGCGUGAACUCGAGCUCGUUCUCGUGCAGGUCCCCGCUCGCCCGGGACGUCGUCGUGAGCGCGGUGGCCGACCUAUCGGGCAAGCCCGCGCCGGGCGCCGUGGUGCGGGGGCACGUCGGCGGCGAGUUCGUGUCGGGCCACCUGCGGGGAUUCAAGGGGAGGUCUUCAAGGAACGGCUGGGAUGACUCGGCGCUCGGGCCGAGGGUGCGGCUGCGAUGUCGCGGGACGGGCGAGGUCUGGGAUGACUCGACGCUCGAGCCGAGGGACCAGCUGCGAACGAACGUGACGGGCUGGGUCUGGGAGGUGGACUGCAUGGGGCUUGGCCCGCAUGGGGACUUCGACGGAGAUUACGCAUACGCUGCCGCCUGCACGAACGCCAACAGUUGCGGCAACCUCGUGGAGGCUACGCUUGCGUCGGCCGCGCUCGUAGCCCAAAUCCGCGGCGGCCUGAGCCGGGACGCGCUGCUCCAGCGCAUCGUGCGGUGGGACUGGAACGGCACUGUUCGGUGCGAGUGGGGCAGCUCUCCGGGGAGGGGCGAGAUCCAUGAAACCGGUACCUGGCAAGGCAGCUGCAGGGUUUUGGCUGCCUUCAACGAGGCCUUGCUAUGA